CACUUCUCGAAGGUAGUCACCGUCGUCGUCGUUUCGCAGGUCGUCCGCAGCAUAGCCUACUACUCAUUGAUGAUGUGAGUCAACCAGUCAGUUCGGUCAGUUCGCAGUUAGUUUGUUAACGAACUUCGUGAAGCGUCAUUUUUCUCAAGUCUCCGGGAAAGUAUCGUGUCUCGUGCGGUUCCAGAUUGACGUUUUUCGGUGAUUUUUAUUGCGAAAGGUACAACCCAUUUGCACUCCGUUAUUGCCGGCCAGCAAUAGCAAAAACCGUCAUAAAUCGUUCCCACUCCCCAUCAUAGGAUCCGGUGGCAGCAAAUUGGCCAAUUUCCGCUACCGCAAAGCAAUCCGUCCUGGCGUUGAUGAGGCGCUGCUGGCUCCCGAUGGUGUAGUACCAUGUCAACGAUAGACGAACGCACCGCAUAUCUGGAGAAUCCCUACUUCAAAGGACACGUCUACGGCAACUUCAACCCGUUCUACGUCACCAUCGCCAUCUGCACGGUGCUGGGCGUGUUCAUCUUCGUGCUGAACAUCAUCUGCGGUUGCUGCUCGAAGCACAAGCAAUACUGGCAGGAUCGCCAUACCGGCAAUCGCUGGUUGGUAUCGAUUUGGGCCGCCACUCCCCACAAGCAGCCCCCACUGGACCUGACCGAGCUGAAGGACGUCCGAUCAUUCCAACCUGUCAAUCCCGACAUCGAACGCCCAGUAGAGUACACCGUGUCACAUCACCGCCCCCAACACCAACCUCAGCAUCAACAGUACGGACGAGGAGCCGGCUAUCGAGAGGAAUACGUCGAACUGCACGCCAAACGUGAAAGUGACAUCUAAUCAGUCAAUCCUUAUAUAAAAAAAAAGUACAAACCUCGAAUCAAAGAACCCAAAAAUGGCCUUCAUUGUCAUUUAUCCGGCCGUGGCCUUCCUGGCCAUGUUCAUCGUCAUCGUCAUCAUGCUGAUCCUCAGAUGUGGAGGUCGAUUGGGACUUCGCCAUACUGCGCUCCCGGAUGAUAACGAUCUACGGGAGCAUACGUACGAUCAAAAAGUUAGCUAUGCCUGAUUGAGUCGAGUGUUCAGUUCACACUCUUGCGCCAUCCCUUCCGCUUUUCCCCCUCCCAUAUAAUCAACGAUAAGAAUCUCUGACGGACAGCGGAGAAAUGCCAAAUGGGUGUUAGCAUCUUUUUAGUCAGUAGCAUAUACCUAAACCAAUUCGAUUUCCUCAUGUUGCUUUCUUUCUUCCUUACUUUCACGUCAAACUCAGAUAAACGACAUAAUCCUCAAGGGUUAAACCGGAAAUACCCACAAUCAAUGCGACUCAAUCAGUUUCUCUCGUUCGGGGAACAAUUUCUUCCUACUUAGCCGUCCUAUCCUAUUGCACUGGAUAAAAAAAUAACUUUUUCCUAUCAUAACAGCGAAAAAGUUUUCGGGAGUUCUAAGCGCUCCGAAGGCUGAUCGGAAUUUUUCUCAUUUCCGGUGGUCACAUCGACACCAUUCCACAGUGGGCCAGAUCGCAAACUUAGAAGGAAACAAAUAUUUUAACUAUAAAAAUUUAAAUAUUGAAAAGUUUUGGAACGAAAGGUUUUUUUUCGCAAAACUGUAUUACAUAUAAGGACAAAAUUUUGUCAUUAGGAUGGUCCUAAACAAUUCAAUUUUUUUUCGAAAUUUUGUUCUAUAUCAGCCUACUUUUUCUCAAAAUAUUGUCCACCGACAAAAACAGUACUGAAAAGUGCUACUUUUGAAGCACUUUUCGGUUCUGUUUUGGGAGUUUGCAAAUUAAUAUCUGUGGAAUUGCACUGGAUUUCUCAAUAACUUAGUCAAAAAGUUUCUAAUUCAAAAUCUGUUUGACGAACCUAAUUCGACGCUGAUGUGGGAUUAUGAGUUGAAAAAAGGAUCGACGCUCUCAAAAAUAUUCCAUCUAUAAGGACAAUUUUCGUAAUUGCAAAAAAAAAAUGUUUUAUGAAAUCCUAAGCAAAACUAGAUUUUUGCAGUACUCGCCAAAUCUUAAUUUUGCUGCUUGUUGCAUAAUAUGAGUUUACACAACAAGUUACAGAAUGAUGAUUUUCUUAGUCAAAAAAUUUUUCCCUCUUAUUUCUUCGAUCUGGUCAAAUGUCCAUUCGCUGAUCUAAUCUUGAAUGAAACCGAUUCCAUCCAAUAGUAUACUUAGAUAGACGCAUUUUUUAUGAUACUGUCCACGUUUUUUUUUGAAACCUAGCUUUUAAGAAACCAUAUUUUAAAUCAUUCCUCUAGAACAGCACCAAUUUUAAAGUUAACAUUCCACCGAAACCGAUGAUUAUGAGUGGCGUCACCCAGGCAAUCCCAUUUCAAUACAAUAAACCAGACCGUUAAACGAACUUCGCUUCAUUGACAAAGCGAAACGCAAUCAUCCACCAACAAUUAGUGAGUUUAAAUUUUUAUCACAAUGAUUGUGUCCGAGGGAUGAGGCGGUCACACCUUUGGGAGUCAUUGCGUACGAAAUGUAGAUGCCAUUUGUCCACUUUUUUGCAUUGAAAACCACUCUCAAAUACAGUGCCUCGACCGCCCUUUGGCUGACGCCACCGUAAAAACAGCAAUAAAAAUAAAAACCAUCAUAAAAUGCAUAACAAUCAAACACACCUCAUUACUAAUUGAAUGGCAGGGAGGAAAACCCCCGCCAGCUUCGGUAGCAUACCUUCACGUGUUCAGUUUUUAAUUAUUGAAAAAAGUUUAAUAUGUACACAAACAUAGCAUCCUCAGUGGGCACGCACAAACAUAACGAAUGCAUGCAUCCAGACAAAUGAGUAUAAUUAUGAAUUUUUAUGUAUUUUUAUUAUUGUAUCAAUCAGAUAAAUUCGAGUAAGAUUAAACCACUGAAGUAUUGUCAUAUCGGUUGAAGAGAAAUAUAUUUGAAGAACAUCAGAAU